GACAGCAACGGCAGGAAGCGGCAGGCGUCCCCUCAGUGCUAGGCCUGUCCUAGGGGAGACUGCCCUGGACAGAUCCCCACGUGGCUCCCAUCUCUGGGCCUAGAGUCUGUGCAUGGCGAAGUCCCCAGGGAACUCUACCCUGGAGGAGAUUCUGGGGCAAUAUCAACGGAGUCUCCGGGAGCGUGCCAAUAGAAGCAUUCACCAAUUAAAAUGUGCCCUGAAAGAAGGUGAUGACACUGUUGAAGAAGAAGCCCUGGAUCCUUCCUUUAGCAUCAAUGUAGGACGUGAAGACAGUGAGACAGCCUGGCAGGAACUGCAACAUAGCCAUGCCGUUAAUCAGCUCAAAGCUUUGUUGCAUCAACAAGCAAAUAAGGAAAAUGAGAUAUCUCCAUCAAGAAGACGAAAAAUGUCCCCUUCGAGGUCAUCAGAACGUGAGGAAAUCGAUAUGCCUACUGUGCACAACCUUGUUCCUAUUAUUAAUGACCAGUCUCAAUAUAUUCAUCAUUUAGAGGCAGAAGUCAAGUUCUGCAAGGAGGAGCUAUCUGGAAUGAAAAAUAGGGUACAAGUAGUUGUACUCGAAAAUGAAAGACUCCAGCAAGAGCUGAAAUCUCAGAGACAGGAGGAGACAAUGAGAGAACAAACACUUCUGGAUGCAUCUGGAACCGUGCAAAAUUCUUGGGUUACAGCAAAUGAAGAUUUAAGGGUAGAAGGUGCCAAGAGACCAUUUUCCCAGGGUGAUGGAGAUAUUCACAAAGCUUCCAGUGAGGGUGACAGAUGGAAGCUAGAGCUGGAGAAGCUAAAAUUUAUGUAUGAGGCAAAAAGUGAAAUUCUGGAAUCUCAACUGACAUAUCUGAGGAAAGACUUAGCUGAAUAUCGGAAAAAUUGUGACGAUCUUAAACAGCGACUAAAGCAUAAAGAGUCUCUUCUUGCUACUAAUGUUUCCAACCGCGUUAGUGGUCUUUGUUUGAAGUGUGCUCAGCAAGAAGCUGUUCUUUCUCAGACCCAUAAUAAUGUACACAUCCAGACCAUCGAAAGACUGACUAGGGAAAGAGACGACUUAAUGUCUGCCCUCGUUUCUGUACGGAGCAGCUUGGCAGAUGUGCAGCAAAGAGAAACAAGUGCUUAUGAGCAGGUGAAAGCAGCUGUACAUAUGACUGAGGAAGCCAAUUUUGCAAAGACAGAGGCUUUAACCCAUUGUGAGCAGCUGAAAAGUGAACUGGAGAAGCAGACAGAGCGACUUAAAAAGGAACUUGCAUCUCAGCAAGAGCAGAGGGCCCUGGACAGAGAGGCGCUAAAAAAGGAAACAGCAAAAGAAAGGGAAGACAUGGAAUCUAAGGUGUUGAUGCUAUGUCAAAAUAUUGCCCAACUGGAGACCCAGGUGGAAAAAGUUACCAAGGAGAAAAUUUCUGCUAUUAAUCAACUAGAGGAAGUUCAAAACCAGCUGGCUUCUCAGGAAGUGGAUGUCACAAAGGUGUGUGGAGAACUGCGCUUCCAGUUGAAUAAAGCCCAAGUGUCGAAAGAUGAGGCAGAAAAGGAGCACAGAGAGUACAGAGUAAAAACUGAAAGGAAUCUUGAAAUGAAAGACCAGGAAAUAGAGAAAUUGCGAGUAGAACUGAGUGAAAGCAAGCGGCAUGUGGAGCAGGAGCAGCAGAAGGCAGCCCGGGCCAGAGAGGAGUGCCUGAAACUAACAGAGCUGCUGGGCGAAUCCGAGCACCAACUGCACCUCUCCAGACUGGAAAAAGAUAGCAUUCAGCAGAGCCUUAGCAACGAAGCAAAGGCCCAAGCCCUUCAGGCCCAGCAAAGAGAGCAGGAGCUGACACAGAAGAUACAGCAAAUGGAGGCCCAGCAUGACAAAACUGAAAAUGAACAGUAUUCGUUGAUGACCUCCCAGAACACAUUUUUGAUAAAGUUAAAGGAAGAGUGCUGUUCACUAGUCAAGAAACUGGAGCAGAUCUCUAAAAAAAGCAGAUCUGAAAUAGCUCUGCUGAGUCAGGAAAAAAUGUAUACAGAUCAUAAACUGGAGAAGUUACAGAGGAGAAAUAAUGAAUUGGAGGAGCAGUGUGUCCAGCAUGGGAGAGUGCAUGAGACAAUGAAGGAGAGUGUUACAAAUGGAACCCUGGUCUUCGAGCAGGCUAGGCUCAGGCAGCUGGAUCAGCACAGCCAGGCCACAGCGCAGCAGCUGGUACAGUUGCUCAGCAGGCAGAACCAGCUUCUGCUAGAGAGACAGAGCCUAUCGGAGGAGGUGGACCGGCUGCGGGCCCAGUUACCCAGCAUGCCACAAUCUGAUUGCUGACCUGGAUGAAACAGUGAAAUAAAUGCUUUACAAAGAUAUUUACAUUCAUCUGAUUUGUACGUAAUAUGCCACAACAUACCACGACCUUCCCAGGGCGACGCCACCUCAGACUGCACGGGGCCGGUCCUCUCGCCAUGGUUCCUGUCCCUGCACUGCGGACGGCUAGAGCUGAAGUCUGACCCGGAUGAGGACAGCUGCUGGCGGAUGUUCUCAGAAAUGGCUUUAAGUCAGUUUUGAGAUACACUCAUCUCUAUGCUUGAUUAUACACAGGAAUUUUAAUAAAUGAACUUUUAAAGGACUUGAAUCAAAAUGUUUCCUUAUCUUGUAGUAGUGAUGAACAAAACACACCAAAAAGGCACAUAUUUUAAAUAGGCCAAAGUACGUAAUCGAGGACCAAACUUUCUUCCCGCCGUUCACUUUUCUUUCCCUGCUUGUGAUCUACCCAGCAUCCUUCGCUUUUGUCUUUAAUCAAACACGCACUACUUGUCAUCCUACACUGUGUGCAUACUCAGGAGACACCAGGAAGCACUGUUCUUUCCAUUCUGCGAACAACAACAACAAAAAAGACAA